UAUAACCUAAAUAAAAACUGAUGUAAUUUAUAUUAUUUAAUCCAAUUUAUAUGAAAAGUAAUAUUAAAAUGAGGCUUUUAUCUAAAGUGUUCCAACCGCUUAUCACAAUACCGAAGAAUGCUAAAAUCAAAUCAACAGAAGUCACUUGCAAAAGCCAAAAGCUGCUCCUAGAAUGUGGUCUCAUCCGGCCCACCAGCUCGGGUCUCUUCGCCAUCCUGCCGCUCGCACAGAGAGCCAUGGACAAACUAGAGAGACACAUUUGUAAGCACAUAGAAGCAGCCGGCGCUCAGCGCAUCUCCCUGUCCUCGCUGACACCCGCCUCGCUGUGGGACAAGUCCGGGCGCCUGCAGGAGAUGGGCCCCGAGCUGAUGAAGGCCACGGACAGACACGGGAAGCAGUAUGUGCUGGCGCCUACUCACGAAGAAGCGAUCACAGAUUUGUUGGCGGACGUCGGCCCUUUGUCGUACAAACAGCUGCCUUUAAUAUUAUAUCAGAAAUAA